CCCAGCCCCUCUUUUCUCAUUUCAGCAUUUUUUCAAGAAAAUACUUGGACUUCUUCUUCUUCAUUCAUUCAUAUCUGUCUCAUUUAUAUAUAUAGUAAGAGACAUAUUUUAGCGAUACAAAGUUUCUGAAGAGAAGCCUUCAAGCAUAUAUCAUGUCACACACAACACAAUCAACUCAGCAUCUACAAGCUUCCGGUCCUGUAAGAGAGCAUUCAGUAGAAACCAUUCGAAGAAGUAGUGAAGUGAUGGGCAACCUUCGCAAAUUGAUGGUGGCGAACAGAGGCGAAAUCGCUAUUCGUGUCUUUCGUACAGCCCAUGAAUUAUCAAUGAGAACUGUUGCUCUUUUCUCUCAUGAAGACCGUUUAUCCAUGCACCGAUAUAAAGCUGAUGAGUCUUAUCAAAUUGGCCAACUCGGUCAAUUUACACCUGUAGGCGCCUACUUGGCACAAGAUGAAAUUGUAAAAAUUGCUAAAGAGCGUGGUGUCUCCAUGAUCCAUCCUGGUUAUGGUUUCCUUUCAGAAAAUGCCGAAUUUGCUCGCAAGGUAGAAGCAGCUGGUAUGACCUUCAUUGGUCCUUCACCUGAAGUGAUUGAUAGCUUGGGUGACAAAACCAAGGCUAGAACGAUCGCCAUCAAUUGUGGUGUACCAGUUGUUCCCGGUACUCCUGGACCGGUCAGCACGUACGAUGAAGCCAAAACAUUCAUUGAAGAAUAUGGCUUUCCUAUCAUCAUCAAAGCUGCAAUGGGCGGUGGCGGUCGCGGUAUGCGUGUUGUUCGUGACGCUGCUACAUUUGAGGAAUCUUUUCAUCGUGCAAAAUCUGAAGCCCUCUCUGCGUUUGGAGAUGGCACUGUUUUCAUUGAACGCUUUUUAGAUAAACCUCGUCAUAUCGAAGUACAACUCUUAGCCGAUCGUGCUGGUAACGUUGUACAUCUCUUUGAACGUGAUUGCUCUGUUCAACGUCGUCACCAAAAAGUGGUUGAAAUUGCACCUGCCAAAAACUUGGACAACAAAACUCGUGAGGCUAUUUUGAACGAUGCUAUCAAGAUCGCGAAGGCUGUCAAAUAUAAGAAUGCCGGAACCGCUGAAUUCUUGGUCGAUAAUCAGAACCGUCAUUAUUUUAUUGAAAUCAAUCCUCGUAUUCAAGUUGAACACACGAUUACGGAAGAAAUCACCGGUAUUGAUAUCGUAGCAGCUCAGAUUCAAAUUGCAGCGGGUGCUCUAUUGCCUCAGUUGGGUCUUACACAACAACGCAUUCGUCAACGUGGAUAUGCUAUUCAGUGUCGUGUUACAACCGAAGAUCCUGAAAAAGGCUUUCAACCCGAUACAGGUAAAAUUGAAGUCUACCGUUCUUCCGGCGGUAAUGGCGUACGUUUGGAUGGCGGUGCGGGUUUUGCUGGUGCUGUGAUUACCCCACAUUACGAUUCACUUCUGGUGAAGGUCACAUGUACAGGCUCGACUUUUGAAGUAGCACGUCGUAAAAUUGUCCGUGCACUGGUGGAAUUCCGUAUUCGUGGUGUAAAAACAAAUAUACCCUUCUUGCAACGUUUGGUGACAUAUCCUACAUUCAUCACAGAUACAUGUUGGACAACCUUUAUUGACGAUACACCUGAUUUGUUCAGCUUAGUUCAAUAUCAAAACAGAGCACAACGUAUAUUGGGUUAUUUAGGAGAUGUGAUUGUCAAUGGUUCGCAAGUCAAAGGACAAGUGGGUGAACCUACUUAUAAGCACGAAAUCAGUAUCCCUCAAUUGUUGGAUGCUCAUGGACAGCCGAUCAAGGUAAACCAAACGCCUCCUCCUGCAGGCUGGCGUAAGGUGAUUUUGGAGCAAGGCCCUGAAGGUUUUGCAAAGGCUGUUCGUGCUCAUCCUGGUGUGCUUAUUAUGGAUACGACAUGGCGUGACGCUCAUCAAAGUUUAUUAGCUACUCGUGUGCGUACCAUUGAUUUGCUACGUAUUGCUCCCACUACUGCUCACGGCUUGUCGAAUGCUUUCUCCUUGGAAUGCUGGGGUGGUGCUACCUUUGAUGUCUCCAUGCGUUUCUUACAUGAAGAUCCUUGGGACCGUUUGAUCAAAUUACGUGAAGCUGUACCCAAUAUUCCUUUCCAAAUGUUACUUCGUGGUGCAAAUGCCGUGGGUUAUACUUCUUACCCUGACAAUGUCGUUUAUGAGUUCUGUGAUAAGGCUGUGAAGGCUGGUAUGGAUAUCUUCCGUGUAUUCGACUCUCUUAACUAUGUGGAAAAUAUGAAGUUGGGUAUCGACGCUGUGAAAAAAGCAGGAGGUGUCGUAGAGGCUACCAUCUGUUACUCUGGUGAUGUUUCCAACCCUGAAAAGAAGAAAUAUACUUUGGACUACUAUUUGGAUUUGACACAACAAUUGGUAAACGAAGGCAUUCAUAUUUUGGGUAUCAAAGAUAUGGCAGGUCUUUUGAAGCCUGCUGCUGCCACUAAAUUGAUCGGUGCUAUUCGCGAAAAGUUCCCUGAAUUACCCAUUCAUGUUCAUACGCACGAUACAGCCGGUACAGGUGUUGCUUCUAUGAUGGCAGCCGCCCUUGCUGGUGCUGAUGUCGUUGAUGCCGCCAUCGAUUCCAUGUCUGGUAUGACUUCUCAACCUGCUAUGGGUGCACUUGUUGCUGCUCUCGAACAAACGCAAUUAGGCACUGGCAUUAGCCUGGAAAAUAUUCAUGCUUUGAAUUCUUACUGGGAGCAAGCACGCAUGUUGUACUCUUGUUUCGAAGCUAAUGUCAAGUCGGCUGAUUCCGGCGUCUACGAACAUGAAAUGCCGGGCGGACAAUAUACUAACUUGAUGUUCCAAGCGCAACAACUGGGUCUUGGCACCCAAUGGAUUCAGAUCAAGAAGGCUUACGCAGAGGCUAAUAAAUUGUGUGGCGAUCUAGUGAAGGUGACUCCCUCAUCUAAGGUUGUGGGCGAUCUUGCUCAGUUCAUGGUUUCCAACAACUUGAAUGGCCGCGAUGUCGAGGAACGUGCUGCAUCUCUUUCAUUCCCCACAUCCGUCGUUGAGUUCUUUCAAGGAUACUUGGGUCAACCUUAUGGUGGUUUCCCAGAACCGUUAAGGUCUAAUAUCAUUCGUGAUUUGCCCCGUAUCGAUGGACGUCCUGGUGCCACUUUGAAGCCUUUAGAUUUGGGUCAAUUAAAGCGUGAAUUAACUGCCAAAUACGGAACCGGUAUCCGUGAUUAUGAUGUUAUUUCUGCCGCUCUUUAUCCUAAGGUGUUUGCUGAUUACCGUGAAACAGUUGCUCAAUACGGUAAUUUGUCAGUCGUACCUACACGUUAUUUCUUAUCAAAACCUGAAAUUGGUGAAGAAUUCCACGUUGAAAUUGAAGAAGGCAAGACUCUGAUUAUCAAACUAUUAGCAGUGGGGCCUUUGAAUGCCACAGGUAAACGCGAUGUUUACUUUGAACUCAACGGUGAGGCCCGUGUCGUUGGUAUUGUUGAUCGAAAUGCCACUGUAGAAACUGUUACCCGUGAAAAGGCCAAUCCCGGUAAACCUGGGGAUGUUGCAGCACCUAUGUCUGGUGUUGUGAUCGAAAUCAAAGUGAAAGCGGGCCAAACUGUAAAGGGCGGUGAUCAAAUUGCGGUUUUGAGUGCUAUGAAAAUGGAAACAGUGGUAACUGCGCCAAUUGCUGGCAGAAUUGAUCGUAUUGUAGCACAAUCAGGCGAUUCUCUGAAUUCAGGCGACCUAGUUGUGCAAAUAGUAAAGGAAGAGUAGUUAAAUGCUUCUUUUUUCUUUUUCAUCUUUGUGGUUUCAAGAAACUUUGGCACUUUGCAUAUGUUAAAUAUAUUCGGUCUCCUUUGCAUUCAUUCUGUUGAAUUUAUGUAUCUGCGGGCCCCUUUUGUUGUCUAUUUAUCCCAGCCUUAAGAGUAAAUAAAUUUAUUUUACCCAUUUCCUCUAAU